CGUUUAGCAGCAAAGAUGAUUGGGCUAGAGAGCAACGGUUGCUCGGCUCCGGCUCCGAUGAAGACCAACGGCUAUGACGUGCCGGAAGGCGUCGAUAUUCGGGGCCGAUUCGACGUCGAAUUCGCUGGUGUUCUAACGAAGGAGGCUCUGCGAUUCGUGGUUGAUUUGCAGAGGGAAUUCAGGAACCACAUCAAGUAUGCGAUGGAAUGCCGCAGAGAGGCCAAGAGGCGAUACAAUGAAGGAGCGUUGCCUGGUUUCGACCCUGCCACGAGGUAUAUCAGAGAAGGCCAAUGGACUUGCGCGCCGGUUCCGCCUUCCGUGGCCGAUCGGAAGGUCGAAAUCACGGGUCCGGUCGAGAGGAAGAUGAUCAUCAACGCCCUUAAUUCCGGAGCUAAAGUCUUCAUGGCUGAUUUCGAGGAUGCCCUGUCGCCGAGUUGGGAGAAUCUGAUGAGAGGCCAAGUCAACCUGAAGGACGCAGUGAAUGGGACGAUAAUGUUCACCGACAAGGCGAGGAACAGGGUUUACAAGCUCAACGACGAAACCGCCAAGCUGUUUGUUCGCCCACGGGGUUGGCACUUGCCGGAGGCCCAAAUCCUCAUCGACGGCGAACCCGCCACCGGUUGUCUCGUCGAUUUCGGCCUUUAUUUUUACCACAAUCAUGCCGCCUUCCGUAAGUCCCAAGGUCAAGGCUUUGGGCCCUUCUUUUAUCUUCCCAAAAUGGAGAACUCAAGGGAAGCAAGGAUAUGGAACAGUGUGUUUGAGAGGGCAGAGAAGAUGGCAGGCAUAGAGAAAGGAAGCAUAAGGGCAACUGUUUUGAUCGAAACUCUGCCUGCCGUUUUCCAGAUGGAUGAAAUCCUUUACGAACUUAGGGAUCACUCCGUUGGCCUCAACUGCGGUCGAUGGGACUACAUUUUCAGCUACGUCAAGACCUUCCAAGGUCACCCGGACCGAUUGUUGCCUGAUCGCGUUCAAGUCGGCAUGGCCCAACACUUCAUGAAGAGCUACUCCGACCUCCUCAUCCGAACAUGCCAUCGACGCGGCGUCCAUGCUAUGGGCGGAAUGGCGGCUCAGAUACCGAUCAGGGAUGAUCCGACGGCUAAUGAGGCAGCCUUUGAUCUUGUAAGAAAAGAUAAGCUUAGAGAAGUGAAGGCAGGGCAUGAUGGCACAUGGGCGGCUCAUCCGGGGCUCAUCCAAGCAUGCAUGGAAGUCUUCACCAACACCAUGGGUGAUUCCCCUAACCAGAUCGAAACCGUCAAACGAGAAGACGCGAGCGGCGUAACGGAGGACGACUUAUUGCAAAGGCCUCGAGGGGUUCGUACGAUGGAAGGCCUCCGUCUGAAUACUCGCGUCGGGAUCCAAUACCUGGCGGCUUGGCUAACCGGUGCGGGCUCGGUCCCUCUUUACAACCUCAUGGAAGACGCCGCGACGGCCGAGAUCAGUAGGGUUCAGAACUGGCAGUGGCUGAAAUACGGGGUCGAAUUGGACGGCGACGGACUCGGGGUUCGAGUGAACCGCGAGCUCUUCGGGAGAGUGGUCGAGGAAGAGAUGGGCCGGAUCGAACGAGAGGUGGGGAAAGAGAAGUUCAAGAAGGGGAUGUACAAAGAAGCCUGCAAGAUUUUCAUCCGACAGUGCACGGCUUCGACAUUGGAUGAUUUUUUGACACUCGAUGCGUAUAAUCACAUUGUCAUUCAUCAUCCAAAUGGUCAGCCCAAGCUCUGAAAA